AUGGCCGUGGAGAGCCCGAGUGUCCCCCCCCGCCGCCGCCGCUUCCCCCCCCAGCCCGCACUGCACUCCCCCUUCUCCGUCCUGCCACGGCAGCUGCAGCCUCCCCCGGCCGCCGCCGCCGCUCCAAGGCCACCAUCACGGCCCGGACGAAAGGUCCAGGAGGAUGGGGAGCUGGAGGAGGGCGAGCUGGAGGACGAUGGUGGGGACGAGGCCCCGGCCCAGGCGCGGGACAGGGACAAACCCCACCAGCUGAAGCGCAAACGCCGCAAGGACAAGGACAAGAGGAGGUCCAAGAAAAAGAGAAAAUCCAAGCACAAGCGCCACGCCUCAUCCAGCGAGGAUUUGUCGGAUUUGAGCGACGACUCCGACUACAGCCCUGGGGAGAAGGGACACAGGAAAUACCGGGAAUACAGCCCAGUGUAUCCUUCCCACCAGUACUCCCAGCUGCCCCGGAAGGGCCACGCCAAGGGGGACCCCAAGGGCUCCUAUGGGGGCUCCUAUGAGGAUUUCGAGCCUGAGGAUUUCGGGCCCUUUGAGGCCGAGGAGGAGGAGGAGGCGCCCAAGGACGACUUUGACGAUUUCUCCAAGGAGCUGAACCAAUACCGGCGCUGCAAGGACGGGGGGCACCGCGCCAGAGGUCGCGGUGCCCGGGGCUGCCGCGGGUUCCGGGGCCGCGCGCGGGGCCCGGGGCGGGGCCCGGGGCGGGGCCGGGGGCGGGGCCGCGCCCGCAGCGACCCCGAGGAUGAGGAGGAGGCGUUCGAGGAGGAGCUGGAGUACUGUGACCCCGAGGAGCCGCUGGGCGAUGACGACUUUGACGACUUUGCCAAGGAGCUCUCGCAGUACAGGCGCAGCAAGGACCGGGGCGGCCGCGGCCGAGGUCCCCGAGGUCCCCGAGGUCCCCGGGGGGGCCGGGGUCCCAAGGGGCCGGGCCGGGGCCGGGGCCGGGGCCGCAGCGCGAUGGGAAAGGGCGGCCACGAGGACGACGACUUCUACGACGAGGACAUGGGGGACGGGGGCGGGUACCGGCGGGAGGACAAGGCUCACCUGCCCUCGGACAAGAAGGGGAAGGUGAUCUGCAAGUACUUCGUGGAGGGCAGGUGCACCUGGGGUGACCACUGUAACUUCAGCCAUGACAUUGAGCUGCCCAAGAAGCGCGAGCUCUGCAAGUUCUACAUCACGGGGUACUGCGCGCGGGCCGAGAGCUGCCCCUACAUGCACGGGGAUUUCCCGUGCAAGCUGUUCCACACCACGGGGCUCUGCAUCAACGGCGACGACUGCAUGUUCUCACACGCGCCGCUGUGCGACGAGACCCGGCAGCUCCUGGACAAGAUGCUGGCCGAGGACGCCGAGGCGGGCGCGCAGGACGAGAAGGAGCUGCAGGAGCUGCGCAAGCAGGGCAUCGACCCCCUGCCCACCCCCCCGGGCGUGGGGCUGCUGCCCACCCCCCCCCGGCCCCCCUCCCCCCCCCGCGGGCUGCCCCUCCCCCCGCCCGGGCCCCCCCUGCCCCUCCCCCCGGGGCCCCCCCUGGAGCCCCCCCUGGAGCCCCCCCAGGACCCCUUCAAGAAGAUCCCGUCCCUGUUCGAGAUCGUGGUGAGGCCCACGGGGCAGCUGGCGGAGAAACUGGGAGCAGCUGGCAGAGAAACUGGGAGUGAGGCACCCGGGGCCGCCCCCCCCGCGCUUCCCGGGCCCCCCCGGGGCUCCGCCCCUCCCCCCCCGGAGCUGCCGCCCCCCCCCGAGCUGGGCCCGGGGGGGUUCGAGGAGCCGCCCCUCCCCCACCCGGGGCUGCCCCCCCCGGGCCCCCCCUUCUACCCGGGGGGGGGAGGGGCGGGGGCGGGGCCCGGGGGUUUCUACCCCCCCCAGGAGGGGCUGGAGAUGGAACCGCCCCCGGGGGGGGAGGGGCCAGACGAUUACGGCUCCUACGAGGCCGGGGACGGUCCCGGGGGGGACGCUCUGUACCCGGAGGGGUCCCUGGAGGCCGAGGGCGCCCCCGGGCCGGGCGGGAUUCCCGGCAUUCCCGGCAUUCCCGGCAUUCCCGGCGCUCCCGGCGCCGUUCCCGAGUUCCUGCCCUCGGCGCAGCGGGCGCUGUUCCUGCGCAUCCGCCACAAGCAGCGGCCCGAGGAGAGGGCGCGGAGGGGCUGCGAGGGCGGCGACCGAGAGCACGAGGAGGGUGACCCGGGCAGUUGGUACUCCAGCGACGAGGACGACGGCGCCAGCAGCGUCACCUCCAUCCUCAAAUCCCUGCGGCAGCAAAGCUGCGCCCGGGGCACCCCCGGGAACGGCCCCGGGAACGGCCCCGGGGACGCCCCCAGCGACCCCCGGCUGGCGCGGCCGCGGCUGCGGGACCCGCGCCUGGCGCGGAGCUCGGAGCUUCCCCCGCCGCCGCCUCCGGCUCCGGCUCCGGCUCCGAGCUCCACGGCCGAGGCCCCCUCGGACCCGCGGCUGGCCCGGCACGGCCCCAGGGCCGAGCCCGCCGCCAGAGCUGCCCCGGGCGGCGCUGAGGAUGAGGACGGAGAGCGGAUCCUGCGGGACAAACCCGCGCCCAUCCCGCUGGAGGCGGCGCCGGGGCAGGCGCAGCGCGAUCCGCGCUCGCAGCUCCAGCGAUUCUCGCACAUCCGCAAGGACGUGCGGCUGCUGCGGCCGCCCUGGGCGCGCUCCGUGCUCUGGAGCCCCGAGGAUCUCAUCCCGCUGCCCCUGCCCAAGCAGGACCUUCCUCCUCCUCCUCCUGCUGCUCCUCAUCCUCCUCAGUGCCCCAGUUCUGACCCUCGGCUGCUCCGGCCGCCCUCGGACCCGCGGCAGGCGCGGGGGGCCCCGACCGAGCCGCCUUCAUCAUCAUCAUCAUCAUCAUCCUCCUCAUCCUCCUCAUCCUCCCUGCCCGACUUCGAGCUGCUCUCGAGGAUCCUCCAAAGCGUCACGGCCUCGGGAGGGGACAAACCCAGCGACCCCCGCGUGAGGAAGGCUCCUCCUCCUCAUCCUCCUCCCUGCGACCCCCGGCUGCAGAAAUCUCUGGAAUGCGGCAAUUCCCGCCAGGAUCCCAUCGCUCCCUACGACCCCCGGCUGAGCUGGGGCAGCUCCGGCCAGGGCAGCUCCUCGGUGCUCAGCGCCAUCAGCCUCUACGACCCCCGGACUCCUCCUGCCGCCGCUGCUUCCAGCUCCGCCAAAGAGCCCCAAAACGAGGCCAAUUCCACCCAAAAAGCGCCGGCGGUGGCGGGAGGAGGAGGAGGAGGAGGAGGGCCCAGGGCCAAGGAGGCGCCGCCGUUCGUUCGGCGCUCGGCGCUGGAGCCGCCCCCGGAGGAGCGGCCGGAGCCCGGCAGCACGGACAGGUACAACAGCUACAACCGGCCCCGCGCCAAAGCCCCCUCGGCCGGCGAGGGCGGCGCCGCCCCGGCCGCUCUGCACAACCUCCCCGUGCCCCCCGCGCCCCCCGGGCCCCCCGCGCUCGGCCUGGCCAAGGCCGGAGCCCGGCCCGGCCCCGGGAGCCCCUUCCCGGGGGGCAGCCCCGGGCCCGAGGGCCCCGAGGACGGCGGGGACAGGGGCAGCUCCCUCAAGGACGUGUUCAAGGGCUUCGACCCCACGGCCUCGCCCUUCUGCCACCUCCUGGAGCAGCUGCACAAGCACCAGGGCGCCGUCCUGCAGCCCGAGCUGCGCUCGCCCUUCCGCUCGCUGGGGGACGCCCUCAGGCGCCUGCUGCCCUACCACGUCUACCAGGGGGUCCUACCUGGGGAGCAGGAAUGUCAGAGAGGUAUUUAUAUCGUGAUAGUGAACAGGGAUAUCGUGAUAGUCACGAUAGUCAUUGGGGUUAAUGGGGAUAUACCAUAA